UCUGCCAAAGAAAUUCUAUAUUUUCUUGCAGUUUAUACCGACGCGUUCGCGCAAAUAGUAAAAAGUCUGUUUUCACAAAAAAGUUCAUCUGUUCAGGCCAUUUUGAGGAUUAUUCGUAGUAGAUACAAAAGAAGUCAACAUGAGAAAUCGCACUGAGUUGAAGACAACCACGAUCGAGGGUUCAGACUACGAGGAGGAGGUGUCAGACGCCGAGGAUUCCGGGGAGGAUUGGCAGCCGGAAAAAGAUGGUGAUGGUGCUGUUGCGGGGAAAAAGAAGGGCGCAAAAGUAGCACCAGCUAAGAAGGGGACACCGGCAAAGCGCAAAGCACCAGCCGCAAAGCCAAAGGGCGGUAAGAAGAAGGCAAAGAAAGAGAGCUCCGAUGACGACGAUGAUGAUGAAGAUGAUGUCGAGGAUGAUUCUGACGAGGAAUUCCCCAGCGAUUCUGAGGAUUCCGGGGAGGAAGUGAAGAAUGGCGAUGGGACAAAGAAGAAGCGCCCUGCCAAAAAGGAGGGUGGUGAUCCGGGUGGCAUCUUUACGCUCUACGUUAAAAAGAUGGAUCUCAAAAAUGGUUUAAAUGAACAGCAGAAGCUUUUCAUGUGGAAACGCGACGGAUCCAGCCUUCUGCAGCGCUUCAAACAGAACGAAACGGACGACAAGAAUGACUACAUCUUCACACCAACCACGGUGUAUUCAUGCUGGGAGGACAGACGAAGGGAGGAAUACUUUGAGGUAAAGACCAAAUCAACCAGCGGCGGUGAUGGACUCGUGACGAUUGUGGACAAAGAGGAGUUCGCCAAAUUCAUCGAACAGUCCAAGACGUAUGAGAAGCCCGAAUCUGAGGAUGAGAAUGAGGAAGAAGGCGAAGGGGGUGAAAAUUCCGAAGAUGAAGAGGAGGGCGAGGAAGAUGACUCCAAUGAGGAGGAAAGCUAAAUCAUUCUCCCUCAAUUCAUGCGAGAGAGCAUUAAAAACUUUUUAAUCACUUAAGAGACACAUUUGAUGGUAAAAAAAACUCCUUUCUCCUCUCGGGAAUUCCUUUCAAAUUUUCUUUUUCUCCUACCCCCCGUUUUUUUUUUGUUUUAUCAUGUGAUUAGUCGUUUUCACUCCCUCUUGCGCCUCAUAACACACAUAUAAAUGGAGAUCACUUUUUUUCAUUGUGUUUUCAUGUACAUUUGAAAGGAAAUUUCCAUUCUUUUUUUUUUAAUUAAUUAAAUAUAAUUUAGAUAGAAGACGCGCAAUUCCAAAAUCAUUUUUUAGAAAUUCCAAACAAAAAAAGUAAUAUUCAUCUCUCUUAAUCGAUAAUGGAAAUAAGAAAAAAAAUUGAAGAAAAAAAAUGCAAAGAAUUCAAACAGUGUAAUGCUGCAAAUGUAUGUCAAAUGAGUAAAGAAUAAUAAUAAAAAAAAACAGUUUCCGGACAA